AAUUAAAAAAAUUACGAAGACCGAGGGCAACGGACGGUUUCGUUCGUUUUGUGGAAUAUUCUGCAAGGAGGAUAAAGAAAAAGCAAAGAAACUAGUGUCUUUAAAAACAUGUUCGAUUAGUUAUUUUCUACAAAGUUUUGAGUUAAAUAUUUCUUUAUUAGUGUAUUACGUAUAAAGUCUAACCCAUCACGACCACGAACACAUAAAAUGGCGACUGAUCCAUCGAAAAACCGCAUGCAUGUUUUCAAGAACACAGGCAAAGAUGUCGAUGAAAUGCGCAGACGGAGGAACGAAGUGACAGUUGAACUAAGGAAGAAUAAAAGGGAAGAAACGCUACAAAAACGUCGAAAUGUGCCUAUCAGUUACUCCACCGACGAGGACGAGAUCGAGAGGACAUUGGCAUCAACAAAUUUACAGGAAUUGGUCAGGAACGCAGCCAACGUCGAGAACCCCGAAGUGCAGUUGGCGGCAGUUCAGCAGUGUAGGAAACUAUUGUCAUCCGAGAAGAACCCCCCCAUAGAUGAACUGAUACAAACUGGAAUCCUUCCUAUUCUCGUUCAGUGCCUUUCGAGAGCGGACAACCCGACGUUACAGUUUGAGGCGGCGUGGGCUCUCACGAACAUCGCCUCGGGGACGUCGGCACAGACCAACAAGGUCGUCCACGCCGGAGCGGUGCCUUUAUUCUUGCAACUGCUCAUGUCCCCACACGAAAAUGUUUGUGAACAGUCUGUGUGGGCCCUCGGUAAUAUCAUCGGUGAUGGUCCAGUUCUUCGGGACUUUGUAGUGGAGCUGGGAGUCGUCAAGCCCCUUCUUAGCUUUAUUAAGCCAGAAAUACCAAUAACCUUCCUACGUAAUGUCACUUGGGUCAUCGUGAACUUGUGCAGGAGCAAGGAUCCUCCACCUCCGGUUAAAACGAUUCAAGAAAUUUUACCUGCUCUCAAUGCUCUCAUCACUCAUUCAGAUAUGAAUAUUCUAGUAGACACAGUUUGGGCUAUAAGCUAUCUGACCGACGGAGGUAAUGAUCAGAUUCAAAUGGUAAUUGAUUCUGGCAUUGUGCCAAAACUCAUACCACUCCUCUCACAUAAGGAAGUAAAGGCGCAGACCGCAGCACUCAGAGCCGUUGGCAACAUAGUAACUGGUACCGAUGAACAAACUCAAGUUGUGCUAAACUGUGAUGCUCUAUCACACUUCCCCAAACUGCUAACACAUCAAAAAGAGAAAAUUUGCAAAGAAGCAGUAUGGUUCUUAUCAAACAUCACAGCUGGCAAUAAGCAGCAAGUUCAAGCUGUUAUCGACGCCGGCCUUCUUCCACUAAUUGUACAGAAUCUGAGCAAGGGAGAGUUCCAAACCCAGAAGGAAGCGGCUUGGGCAGUAUCAAAUUUGAGCAUCAGCGGAACAAAGGAACAAGUCGCAGCCCUGAUCCAGUGUGGUGUCAUCCCACCUUUCUGUAAUUUGUUAGCAUGCAAGGACACACAAGUUAUCAAUGUUGUAUUAGAUGGACUGAGCAACAUGUUAAAGAUGGCUGGAGAUGACGCAGAACAGGUAGCCAACAUGAUCGAGGAGUGCAGGGGAAUAGACAAGAUUGAAGCCCUACAGAGCCAUGAGAAAGUGGAGAUAUACAAAAUGGCCUAUGAUAUUAUUGAGCAAUACUUUGCUGAUGAGGAGGAAGACGCGACGUUAGUGCCGGCCGCCGCAGACGCCUCCUUCCAGUUCGAGGCGCCGCCCCCCGCGGGCCCGCACCAGCCUUUCCGUUUCUGAGCACCCUGGUUGUGUAGUCCCACAGGGCAUUUUGGGCCAAUCAACCCCCUGAGGUACCCCGGGCCCAUGAUGCCCUAUGGGGCUUCGUUGCCGUCUGGGAAACUAUGAAUGUAGAGUCGAACCCGAUGUAUUGGACACCUGGGUAAUAGAAUUUGAAUAUGCGUAUACCUCAGUAUACGAUAGAAUCUGAGUCGCAUGUGGGCACAUUACUCGCCGCACUUCCAACACUGAAAAGUGUGCGAACUUGUAUAAAUAUUUGUAAGUACUUAUUGCGCCGGACCGAGAGGUUUACAAACGAAUGCAAUAUGACUUUGCUCUCAAAUUUUUUUUAUUAUGAAAAGUUAAAAUUUGUUUUCUCGUGGUCUUGUUAAUAUUUGUUGUAAUUUAUAAAUUUAACAAUUGUAUUUUAAAUAUGAUCUUAUAUAUACUUUCGGCGGUUCAAUCGGAAAUACAGUAUCGGAUGUAUUUAUUGUAUUGCCUUGAAAUAUAAAGUUUUUAAAUGCAUUCUUAGUACUCUUUUGUAUGCUCACGAAACUUAGUCACAAGCUAAGGGAAGAAGGAAUCUUACUAAGAAUGUAUCGUUUGUACAAAUUACUAAAUUAUGACGUCAUAAGAAUUGACAUUUUCUCGGUCGAGCAAAAAUAGGAAUAUCAUAGUUUUCGAGACUAGGGCAGCUCGCGUCGAUUUACGCAUAAUGUAGGCCAAUGGAUCAACGAACGUUAGUUGUAUUGAGCAUUUUGUGAUAAGUAAUUGUUAUGGCGUUCGUCGGUUCAGGGAGGGUUUGCCUUGUCGUGAUAAGACUAUUGUGAUGUUUGAAAAUAUUUUCAUCUCGGAUUUUCGAUUUCUUAUUAAUAUUGGGAAAACGAUGGACAAGUGGAUAGCUUUAAUAUAAGUGCAUUGGCACGCGCUCUGCUUAACGAUCGAUGCUUUUAUAUAACAUAGUAUUUAUGUUUUCAUUUAUAACUAAAACGACAGUCGUCAGAACCCGACGGCACACGGAUAAGAUUAUGUUCUGACAUAAAAACCCAUUUGUAUCUAUAUCAAUAAAUUCUGUCCAAUAUUA